AACUGAUGGAAAUGCCGUGCAUGAAGGCAAAAACAAAAAUAAGUUCAAAAAGAUCCCCAAACGCUAUUUUCCAAAGAAAGCCCUGGCUGGGUUUUCUGAUGAGCCAUUCUCAGUGGAAGCUUCAACGUAUCUCGUAAUUCCCACCGUCUCUAGGUUCUCGGUGGGGAGCUGCGCGGCAACAAAUGCCCCGCUCUUCCAUAGAUUGGUUGACAUCAGCGCGGAGUGGGGCUGACAACCCCUUUCGCCCGCUCUCUCCUCUCCCCCCCCGCCUCCGUCUCCUCCCCUCCUGAUGGAAAAAGGGCUGAAGCGUUUCUGAUAGGAGCUCGGACUGCUCCCAGCUGGAAGGGAGAGAAAGAAAGAACGGAACCGAGGAGGUGGACGCCAGCCGAAACUCCCAGGCGACUGCAGGUUGCAGGGACUCCUUACUCCCGAAGUCUGUCAAGGCUCUUUUACUGGGAUCUUCUCCAACCCACCCACCUACGCCUUUUUAAAAAACCGUUUGCAUCAAGUCAGCCGCGCUGUUGCUAUUUUUCAGGGCAAAGAUGUGCGCGUGAACGCUUGCAAGAGCACCCUCGCCCAGGAGACCGCACAAAAGGUUGCAAUAGGAUUAAUAGAGAGCAUGGAUCUCAAAAUGACAUGCUAGUGAUGCAAAGGCAAAUCCUUCCUGUGUUGUAAGGUGUCAUGGUGCCUGCUCUGAGGGAAGAACAUAGAAGUUUCUCUGGUCUGAAAUCAAGUUUGAAGCACAAGAGGUAUCUUCCAGGGGCCUUCCUUGGAUGCUAAAUCUGCAGCACAUCUUCAAUCAUGGUUGUUUCAAGAUUAAAGGCUGCUCCACUAUCAUUGCCAAGUCUUUUCCUUCUCACUUUUCACCUGUCUGCGUCGCAGAAUGUCCUUGAAUACCCUGAAGAUGAGCAACAGUGUUCAAGAAGAGAGCACCCAAUGAUUUCUUUUGAAGAUUUGAAGCCCUGGGUCUCAAAUUUCACCUAUCCAGGUAUACGGGACUUCUCCCAGCUUGCUCUGGAUGCCAAUAGGAAUCAGCUCAUUGUUGGAGCGAGGAACUACCUCUUCAGACUCAGUCUCCACAAUGUUUCUCUUAUUCAGGCAACAGAAUGGGGCUCAGACGAAGACACCAGGAGAUCGUGUCAAAGUAAAGGAAAAACUGAGGAGGAAUGCCAGAACUAUGUCCGUGUUCUGAUUGUUUAUGGCAAGAAAGUUUUCACUUGUGGUACCAAUGCCUUUUCUCCAGUGUGUUCCAGCAGACAGGUAGGAAAUCUUAGCAAAAUAACUGAGAAAAUAAAUGGGGUAGCUCGCUGCCCCUAUGACCCUCGGCACAACUCGACAGCUGUGAUCACAUCACAGGGAGAGCUAUACGCUGCAACUGUCAUUGAUUUCUCUGGACGGGAUCCUGCUAUUUACCGCAGCCUUGGAAAUGUCCCACCUCUUAGAACAGCACAAUACAACUCCAAGUGGCUUAAUGAGCCCAACUUCAUUGCUGCCUAUGACAUUGGCUUGUUCACUUACUUCUUUUUCCGUGAGAAUGCGGUAGAACAUGACUGCGGAAAAACGGUCUAUUCUCGUGUGGCAAGGGUUUGCAAAAAUGACAUUGGGGGGAGAUUUUUAUUGGAGGACACAUGGACAACAUUUAUGAAGGCUCGGCUGAAUUGCUCCCGCUCUGGUGAAAUUCCUUUCUACUACAACGAACUGCAAAGCACUUUUUAUCUUCCUGAACAAGAUUUGAUCUAUGGAGUUUUCACUACCAAUGUAAACAGUAUUGCUGCUUCAGCAGUGUGUGCCUUCAAUCUCAGUGCUAUUACACAAGCCUUUAAUGGCCCUUUUCGAUACCAAGAAAAUCCAAGAUCUGCAUGGCUGCCAACAGUCAACCCCAUCCCUAAUUUUCAGUGUGGAAUACUGAAUGAUGAUAGCCCUAAUGAAAACUUGACAGAGAGGAUUCUUCAGGAUGCCCAGCGCUUAUUCCUGAUGAACGAUGUGGUACAACCAGUCUCUGUAGAUCCAUAUGUCACUCAGGACAACAUCCGUUUUUCUAAGCUUGUGGUUGACAUUGUUCAGGGCAAGGAUACUCUUUACCAUGUGAUGUACAUUGGGACAGAGCAUGGCACCAUUUUGAAGGCACUUUCUACAGCUAAUAAGAGCCUGAGGAGUUGUUAUUUAGAGGAAAUGCAGAUUCUUCCCACCAGCCAAAAGGAGCCAAUCCAGAGCCUUCAAAUACUUCACAGUGACAGAUCACUGUUUGUGGGUUUGAAUAAUGGAGUGCUAAAAAUUCCUCUGGAGAGAUGUUCAAUGUACAGAACAGAAGGUGAGUGCCUGGGAGCAAGGGACCCAUAUUGUGGCUGGGACAAGAAGCAGAAACGGUGCACAACCAUUGAGGACAGCUCCAAUAUGAGCCUGUGGACCCAGAAUAUUACUGAGUGCCCUGUGAAAAAUCUGAUGGUGGAUGGACAGCUGGGGACCUGGUCCCCAUGGCAACCGUGUGAACACUCGGAUGGUGAGAGUACAGGUUCCUGCAUGUGCAGAUCGCGGUCAUGUAACAGCCCUCAGCCUCGCUGUGGUGGACGUGAUUGUGAAGGAGCCAGGAUGGAGAUUACAAAUUGCUCAAGGAAUGGAGCUUGGACACCAUGGUCGUCCUGGGCCCCCUGCAGCACGUCCUGUGGGAUUGGCUUUCAGGUCCGUCAGAGGUCGUGCAGCAACCCUGCUCCGCGAUAUGGAGGCAGGGUCUGUGUCGGACAAAGCAGAGAGGAGCGGUUCUGCAAUGAGAACAAUCCAUGCCCUUUACCAAUCUUCUGGUCUUCGUGGGGUCCUUGGAAUAAAUGUAGUGCAAACUGUGGUGGAGGGGUGCACUCUAGGCAGAGGUCCUGUGAAAAUGGAAACACCUGCCCAGGCUGUGCUGUGGAGUAUAAAACCUGCAGUCCAGAGGCCUGCCCUGAGGUUCGGAGAAAUACACCUUGGACCCCAUGGAUGCCCACCAAUAUCACCCAGAGUGGGGCUCGCCAAGAACAGCGUUUCCGCUACACCUGCCGUGCUCAGCUUGCUGACCCCCAUGACCUCCAGUUCGGCCGAAAGAAGACAGAGAGUCGAUUCUGCCCCAGUGAUGGCUCAGCUGUUUGUGACACUGAUUCUUUAGUUGAUGACCUUCUGAAAAGUGGCAAGACCUCUGUCCGGAUUAUCAAUGGUGGCUGGUCUUUUUGGGGAGGAUGGUCAUCUUGUUCUCGAGACUGUGAGCUGGGCUUCAGAACCAGGAAGCGAAUGUGCACCAAUCCAGAACCAAAAAAUGGUGGCCUACCUUGUAUAGGAUCUGCAAUGGAAUAUCAGGAUUGCAACCCACAUCCCUGUCCAGUGAAAGGUUCAUGGUCCUGCUGGACUCCUUGGUCUCAGUGCUCGGUAACUUGUGGAGGUGGGCACUACCAGCGCACCCGAACCUGCACCAACCCCGCACCAUCUAACGGGGAGGAUAUCUGCAUUGGGCUGCACACAGAGGAAGCACUGUGCAACACACACUUGUGUGAAGGAGGCUGGUCUGACUGGUCUGAAUGGAGCUUGUGCAAUGAAGAUGGGAUCCAGUAUCGUAGUCGUUACUGUGAAAUCCACAAUCCGGGAUCUUCCCAAUGUGCUGGGAACAGCACACAAUACCAGGACUGCUUAUAUAAUGAGAUUCCAGUAAUCCUGCCAGCCUCAAGCAUUGAUGAGAGCACGAACUGUGGAGGUUUCAGCCUCAUCCACCUUAUUGCCACAGGGGUCUCCUGUUUCUUUGGUUCUAGCCUCUUAACCUUUGUGAUCUACGUUUACUGCCAGCGUUGCCAGAGGCAAUCUCAGGAGUCAACUGUUAUCCAUCCCACUACUCCCAAUCAUCUCCAUUACAAAGGCAACACUACUCCCAAAAAUGAGAAAUACACACCUAUGGAAUUCAAGACACUUAACAAGAACAAUUUAAUACCAGAUGACAGAACCAACUUCUAUCCUUUGCAGCAAACAAAUGUGUACACAACAACCUAUUACCCCAGUACACUGAAUAAAUAUGACUACAGGCCUGAGGCCUCCCCUGGAAGGACCUUUACUAACAGCUGAUGAUGGACACCAGGAACUGGGUUGCUUCCUUAUUUUUAUUUUUUAAAAUUGAGUUUAUGGACCAAAUAUUGGCCCAAUCUCUAGAUGUAAAUAUUAUACAGUGGGCCUUUCCCCCCCUCCUUUAUCAGUGGUCUUACUUUUGAGUAGUACAUCUCCUUAAGUGGACUGCUAUUGGAUAAUGGAUCAUCUUGCCCAAGGUUUUUGAGGAGUCCUGAGCUAGAAAUAAAACAUACUGCUAUGGAUAUUUGCGGCUGGAGAUGCUCCUUUGUGUCUGAUGCCAAAGUAAUCCAGGAACCAAGCAUUAUGUGCUAAUAUUGUGUGGAAUGGUAUAUGCCUACCCAGCACUGCUUCAGAAACUCAGUGGACGUGGAAGAGAAAUACCACCAAUGCAUUGAGAUGCAUACUUCAUAUGCCUACAGGAUAAUGGUAAUAUGAAUGUCAUCCACAAUACAAGCCUUAUCGAACAUUGUGCUCAAGAGUUUGGUGUUGAAGCUUUGGGGUUAUCAAUUUCAUCACCAUUUCCUGUGACAUGUCGAAAUAUAUGCAACCUUCUGUAAAAAAAAGUCCUGUGAGAUUUACAAAGGAAAGAUGAGGCACUUCACACAAAAGAAGCUUUUUGAAACCUUUCCAGUCAGUUUUGAGGCAAAAGUAGGAUGGCGUUACAUGAAAAAUAGGUUUGGGUACUUGAAGCAUGGGCUCUGGGUAAAUGCAAGAGAAUUUAUCCCACUGGAGAAAAGAUGAAGAGAAUGGAACAAGAGCCAUGGAGUAUCCUGAUUUUGGAGGGGGUGGGGGUAACUAUUUUCUUUUAACUUUGAUUGCAGUUGUCUCUUAUGGAGCUGCUAGAUUGAUGGCCUUGCUGCCCUUGUUGAAAUCACCAAGCUUUGUGCUAAUGCUGAUUUUAUUUUUUAUAAUUUUUUUAUUCACUUGAAAGAAAAAAAAUGUUUUAAGUUUGUCUCUGAAAAAUGUCUUUAUAGCAUAGUCUAACCCAGAAAGCCUACUGCAGAUUCCUUUAGCGUCUUCCAGGUAGUACUUCUCCAUGAAAGUACAAUAGGCAUCAUCAGCUGACACCAUUCUUCAGUGUCUAAGAAGAAAAAGUACUUUUUACUACAGUAAAGGUAAAGUGGGGUCUGUAGCAUUUUCAAACAAUAAUAGUCCAAUUUUGAAAUGUUAUUCAUUGUUUAUAUGUGAGUAUAUGAGACCAGUAUGGAAGCCAUGUUGUCUUUGGCCAGAUGAUUGUCUGCCAUUCAUGUCUAGCCAGAAGCACACCUUGCUUUAAUGGACAUUCCCAGUGUGUCUGGCAAUGUGAGUCAGUUUACCACUGUUGUUCAGCAUAAUUCCUGGUGCUAAGAGAUGGAGACUGCCACAGAACAGAGCAUGUAAUGAGUGUGAGCCAGUCCCUUCAUGAGUGAUGAGCACUUCCAGUGCUUGGGCUUCUCCUCUGUAUCUUCUUUUAGCAGUGAUCAUAUCUAUUUGUAGUUGCUGGCUUGACCAUACUCCAAGCCAUUUGUCCUAGAUUCAGGUUUACUGUCUGGCAGUCAGCAGUGUGCUCAUUACAGCCGCCACCUUUCAAAUGCCUUUUGGAAGUAGAGUGUGAGUGAUGGCACAAUCAAGGCCAUUAAAACAGGCGGAAACUGGCCAGUGGUUCUGUUCAUGGCACAGAGUGGCUGGUUUGAAAGGGAAAAACAAUUCAGUGCUGAUGCCAACAUCUCAUGAUUACCUUAUGCAACUACACAUCACAAAGCAUUGGUGCCUAAAGUGAACAAUUUUAGUGGCUGACGUAGUCUGGAUGGGUGCACGGGUGAACGAUUGGGGGGGGUUCAAAUAUGCAGCCUACUGUGAUUUUUUUUUUACUGUUUGUUUUCACAUGCCAGUGACGGAGAACAUGUUCAAACUGCUGCAGACUCACAUUCCAAUCCAAACUCUUCUGGACUCUCUAGCACACACAUGAAGCUCUUGAGAGUGGAAAAGCUUCCACUAACCUCACAAGAGAAAGCUGCUGCACACACAGAUGUUAUUGUUUCCCCUAAAAUGAUUGGGACACUUGCUGGUAAUUAAAGCUCCAUCUGAGCUUGCACAUCUGUUAAGAAAUGGUUGGGUCAGUGUCAUUGUAAAGCAUCGUUUCAAAGGGCGCUGGGGUGUUUCGAAAUUGUAAUGUAUUUUGCAACAGUUCUUAAAAGGUAUAUAUGCAAAUGAGUUAAACUUUCCAUUCAUUCUUUUUUUGCCGUGGAAUAAGGAAGAUACAUUUUUCAGUCAGAUGGAGAUUAGAAUUUAUAUUGUUCUACUUAUUGAAUAUUCCCCCCCCCCCAGUUAUGCAGCAUGACAGUUUUUCUUCAGGUGCCUGAAAUCAGGGCAGGUUUCAGGCGAUGAAUAUUUUUAGUUAGGCUAUUCCAAAUUCAUUCUUCCCAGGCAUGUGAAUGGAAAAAAUGAUUCUUUCAAAAAUAUAAAUGGCAAUUGCUUUCGGAGUGUGCAGAUGGCAUUUGAACAGAAAGUAGAGUGAAAGGGUGGGAAAGAACAUCUGAACCCUUAUCACUCCAUUAGUGUUGGCAUUAAAUGUUGCCCUUAAAGAACUGUACUCUCAUGCAAAGUAAGAGCUGAAUUCCUUACAAGUGCCCUGCCACAGGGCAGGUUAAUGAUACAAGACACUGUGCAUUUUCUUGCAUCCCUGCUUUACUAGUUAAUUUAGAGUUUUAAGAUGCUCAUUUGCUAAUGUCCAAGGUAGAUGGGGCUGAUUCUCUAGAGGGUUCUUCUAAACACCUGACAUUUAUUACACACUGGGUUGUCAUAAUGCAUGCUGUAGUACACUCUGGAAAUGCUUUUGUUUCUGCACUGUAACUUUUGCCAAUAGGGCUUAGUCAGAAAGGAAACAAAGGCCCAGUUCUAGCGUUUGAUGGGGAAACAGCAUGUGCAAACGUUUUGGAAUAUACUUCAGUGAGUGAUGCAUUCCUUGCCAUGUGGAAAAGAGACCUAGCUGAGAUACUCGUUAAUAUCUAGUCACAGCCUGUUGCUUUUGAAACUCAGGGGAUUUCUUAAACCAGUUGUGUGUCACGGGACAGCUCUUAAAAAGUCCACAACUUGCAUGCAAGCCUAUAGGAGCUGUCAAGGCUGUGUCCAAAAUCUUUAGGGUCAGAAGUACUAUAAAGGAGCUCUGAUCCACUUUCUUCCCCAUAGAAAGGCACUGGAAGGCAACCCAAGGGGAAUCAAAGCCCUCCCUUUUCUUACAAAUACAUUACAACCUUCUUUAUAAGCUUAGGCAACAUCUACCAGAUUCACACGAACAGCUGUGACAACUAGGGCUAUCAUUUGAUAGAGGUAUGUUGAACCCAGAGCAAAGUACACAGCAAAUUCAGAUUCUUUUGAAUAAUGUAGUUCAGCUGCAAAUCCUAUUUUGCUAUACAUAUUUUGGAGGUUGGUCUGCCUUUCAGUUUCUUUGAUCAGGGGAAGAGAGUGGCUUUUCUUAUUUGGCUAGGGAGACAUGUUAAUAAGCUUUUGAUUUCAUAAGCAUAACGUGAUCACUCAAAUGUGAGAAACUAUUACUGGUGUGUGUUAAAGAUUAGCUUUUUACAGGAACGAUGUAAGCUGACUGCUCUUGCUAUAACACAUCCUGCUAUAGCAAUUUCUUACAAGUUGUCAGAACACCUAUGCCAUUCAUUUAAAUGGGGGCAGUAGACCAAAGUAUCUGUGGUUUCACAUGUGCAAAGCUGCUGCCACCACCAUUAAAACAAAUGGGGUAAAUCUUCUUAGGAGGGGAGCUCUGUGUACACCCAUUUUGGAAGGUAUGCCAGACUCUGGAUUAAGGCAAAAGGGCCCAUUGAGUGGAAGGUUGAAGUUGACCCAGCUGAAUAGGCCUAUCCCACUUUCAUUGCCCAUCCAAAUGAACGUUUUCCUGCCUGUUAUUCCAGUGUUCUCUUCUAGUACUGUAAUGUGGCUACAGAGAAUGUUUAGACUGGUAAAGCAGCAAACCUUCAUCAGAACGCUAUGCCAGCCCAACACUGGUUUGCUUUGUCUCUGGAAGGGCCAGUUGACAUUGAGGAUGUUUUGCUGCCUCUACCAAAUUACCAGCACAGCAGCAUUCUGCCAUUUUGGUUUUGGAGGCUUUAUAUUUUAACAAAUAUACAUUGAAUUUAUUGCUGGGAAGCUACUUAAAAAACACCUUGCCAUUUAUUAAUAUGCACAGGAUAAUUGGGAAGGGGGGGAGGGAAACCCUCUUUGUCUAAAGAGCAAACCCUUGAAGAAUGAGGUAAUGGCAGUGGAAAGAGGGACAUGUGAGCUUUUACACCUCUAUUUCAGUGGCUCAUCUAUGACAUAUGAGUUGUACAUGUAUACCUGCUGCCUUGUUUUUUUAGAGAAGGAAAUGCAGUUAGAUGAAGAGCUGUGCAUAGGAAGUGGAAAUGAUUUGAGUUGCAGCGGGGAGGUAGACUUAGGUGUGUUCCCCAUCCGUGCAUUACAAAAUCUAAUGUUAAGAAAAAACCAUCCACCACUGAAACUAAGUAACUCAGUUUAAUAGUCAUACCAAAUGUGAGACUUUCUUACAAAAGCAAAAUCUAAAUGUAAACUUCAUGAAGUCCUCUUUACUCAAAUCCUGUGUAUGUUUAUAUAUAAAGCAUACAAAUGGUAGACAUGCACUGCUGAAUGUCUAGAAAUAAAUGUAGAGUAAUAAAAGCAGCAGCUGGACUUGAGGUUAGGUUUCAAGGGAGACCCCAAAAGAGAAAACAGCAGAUUUUAACAAAAACUUGUUUUUUUCAUAGAUAAAUGAAUUUUGUUGUUCAAUUAAAAUUGAGAAGUUGACUUUCGUAGCUAGAAGUGUUCAUCUUCCCAACCCACAAAAAAAUCCAUUCCUGUUAAGAAUGGCAAAGUAAACAAUGUUUGUAUUUGCUCAUACUUUAUGAAUAAACAGUCCAAAUUGACUUAGUAUAUUGGUCCUAUUGCUUUUAAUUCUUUGUAGAGUUGCGUGUGUAAGCAAAACCUAAGCAGUAAGUUGGAAU